UAAUAAUAUAGUCAUACCUUAUAAAAUAAGUUUAAGCUCUUUGCUUGUAAUAUGCAGAUAGAUAGCUAUGAGUCGCUGUACAUCAUGCAACAAUAAUAGCUAUACAAGCUUAACCUCUAAUAAAAAAAAUUCUUUUCACAGAUUCCCUAUUAAAUAAAAUUUAUCUUAAUUACGGCUUUAAUCCAUUGUGAUAGCAAAAAAAUUUUAUUCCAACCAAAUACACCAAGCUUUGUGGAGCAAGUUUAUGUUAUUUUGGACAUUUGCCAUAUGAUGAAACUCCUUAGAAAUCUACUCGGCGAUAAAAAAAUUUUAAUCAAUAAUGGAGUAGGCAUGACUAAAAUACGCGUCCCCGAAAACUACGCGUCCCUAUGCGUCCCCGGUCAAAGAGACAAUAUUUUUGCAGCAUGCAGCUCAUGCCAUAAAAAGCUCAAAUCAAUUCCAUCGAAUCUUAAAAGACAUAUUUUCAGUCAACAUCCUAAUAUUGCAGCUAAUUUAAAUUCAAAUGAAGUUAACAAUUUAGAUAUAUCAACAUCAAGUUCGCAGUCAAACGAGAAGACAUCUCAAACAAUUAAAAUUGUCAUGAGCAAAUCGAAAGUUUACGAAUCGGUUGUGGGAUUAAUUGCUAUUAACAACUUGCCAAUCAAUUUAGUUACAUAUGAAUCAUUCAAGCUAUUAUUAGAUCCAAUAGUCCAAUCAUUGAAUAUGACUUUAAACAAACACAUCGUAAAUGAUAAAAUAAAAUAUGCGGCAUCAGAAAUAAGAUGCCUAAUAAUGCAUCAAGUAAAAAAUAAGCUCAUUUCUUUGAAGAUAGAUACAGCCACAAGAUUUCAAAAAUCAGUGUUGGGGGUUAAUGCCCAAUUUAUUAUAGAUGAUAAGAUUGAAAUACGAACUUUAGGCAUGUUAGAAAUUGUAAAGGCGCACACGGCGUCUAAUUUAAAGGAAGAAAUAGAAAAUUUAUUAAAAAAGUAUAAUAUAUGUUUGAGCCAAAUAUACAGUAUCACUGUUGACAAUGGUGCCAAUAUUAUAAAAACCGUGGAAAUGAUAGCUGAAGAACAGCUAAUUACUCAUAUCGAUCUUUCUGAAGAUGCAUUCUCAGAAUAUUUGUUACAAAAUAGCGAUAAUGAGUCCUCGCAGGAAUAUAACGACUCUUCUCAACCAAAUAACGAUUAUAAUAAUAUAGAGAUCACCCAGGAAAAUAACAGUGAUAUUUCAAAUAUACAUGAUAAUGAUUCCUCUGGGGAGUAUAUAAUAAAUAAUCUAAAUCAAGAUGAUAACAUACAUUUUCAACAUGAUAAUCAAGAACAAAUAAAUGAUGAUAUGGAAAAUUUAUUAAAUGAUCUAAGAAAAUCAUUUGGGCUGAUUUGUGUGCGAUGUUGUGCCCAUACUAUUCAAUUAGGAGUUAAUGAUUAUAUAAAAAAAUUUCUAAAGGAGGAUUUAGAAGAUAUAAGAUCUAUUCUAAAAAUAUGCAAAUCACAAAAAUAUAAAAGUUUAUAUUCAUUAGAAAAAAUUAACAAACCAGUGCUGGACACUGUUACUAGGUGGAAUAGCACCUAUAGAAUGCUAAAAAACCUAAAGGAUAAUAAAAUAUUUUACUUAAAAAUGGGCCAUAUAUAUUUAGAAACUUUUAUAAAUUCAAGACUCUGGGAUAGAAUUGACGCAUAUCUCACCGUCUUAUCUCCUGUUAAUUUAUGUACCAUUAAACUGCAAGAAAAAUCUUGUACAAUCGGAGAUUUUUUUAAAUUAUGGCUUGAAUGCAAAUUAGAUUUAGAGGAAAUAAAUAAUGAAUCCUCGAAUAAUUUGAUUAAUUGUGUGGAUUAUCGUCAAAAAUAUCUUUUUGAUAAUAAUGUUUUUAGAAGUGGGAUCUACAUGGAUCCCAGAUUUAAUUAUCAGAAUGGAAUCUAUCCAUCCGAAAGUGAUAAAUUGCUGGCCAGGGAACAUCUGAUGUCUACGUGGAGACAAAUACAAAUUUUUAAUAAGCCAAAAGAUAAUCCAGCUCUGAGUGGCUCUCCUUUAAUCCCUGUAAGUUGUAAAAACCAGAUUAGAUGUAUAUUUGGAGCGAGAAAGCGCUAAUGCUCCAAUAUACCAAAAUAUUGAAAUCCUUGAUAUGAAGACCAAAAUUAAUGCUUUAAUAUAUGGUCAAAAAUUGCCAUCUGAUCAAAAUAUUUUGCAAUAUUGGCAAUCCAAAAAAUUUCAGGAUCCGGAAUUAUAUGCCCUAUCGCGAGUAGUUCUAGCCGCUCCUUGCUCUUAAGUAUCUGUUGAGAGAUCAUUCAGUGCUCUGGGAUUGGUCCUUACACCGCUACGAACAAGAUUAGAGAAAUCUAUAUUAAAUGAUAUUUUAUUAAUUAAACUUAAUAAAAGUGUAUUAAAUAACGUUAUAUUUUGAUUUUUAUUAUAUUUAUAUAAAAUUUUUAUUUGUAUAUAUUAUAUCAUGUAUUAUUUAAUUAUAUAUAAUCAUUUUACUAAUUAAA